AUGUCUCCAAAACUUGUAAGACUAAAGAAUAAUGAAAUAUGCAUAUUCCUCGAAGUUUUGGAACGUUAUCCAAUUGUUUGGAAUAUCAAACUGAAAGAAUACUCAAACAAACCCAUGCGAGAUGGACAAGUAACAAUGAUGUUAAGCGAUCUCGAAAAAAGGAAUCUGAAGAUGUGUGAAAAUGAAUUUCGACCAUUGCGAAUUUCAGCUUGCAAUGCUCGUGUACAAAGUAUAACAGCAGCUUUUAUAGCGUCUUUUCGUGGUGCCAUGACUUUUGAGAAUGGCCGUUCUCACUCGCUCAACUAUUCGCUUGACGAGAGCGUUAAAGUUGAACAUGGUUCAACUUCAUUACCGCUAGUUGCAGCGACUAUCGUACAACAGCUGGAUCUCGAUGCACAAUGGAGACACAUAUCAACCGAUCAAAACCCAGCAGAUUUGCUGUCUAGAGGCGUAGCUCCAUCGAAGUUAAUGAAUAUGGAAAUUUGGUGGCAGGGGCCUAAGUUCUUACAGAGCCACGAAUCCAAAUGGUCUUGUGGCGAGUAUCAAGUUUCCAAUCAUGUCGUUACAGCUUUACAUGCUAACACUCAAACGAACACACAGCAUUAUGUUGAAGAGAUCGUAUCUCGUUACUCCAAAUUAUCUACUCUGCUCAGAGUAGUUUCUUAUUGUUUUAGGGUAUUAAAACGCAAUCGGCGGCCAAAUAUUCGUGUCGAUGGAGAGGAGGCCAACCAAACUCUAUUAAAAUUAAUAAGAUUAGCGCAAGAAAUGGACUUUCCCUUCGAAAUCAGUAGCAUUAAAUCUGGAACGCACGUAAAAAAGGGGAGAUUAGUAGCAUUAAAUCCUUACUUGGAUGAAAAUUCCAUAUUGCGCGUAGGAGGUCGUUUAAGAAACGCAGAUUUUGAAAUCGACAAAAAAUUCCCUAUUCUCUUGAGCUCUAAGAAUCGAUUAGCCUUGCUCAUCUUUGAGCAAGAGCAUAUAAAUUUAUUGCAUGGAGGCCCUCAGCUUCUUUUAUCUCACACGCGGGAAAGAUUUUGGACUCUUGGCGGAAGGAACUUAGCAAAAAAGGUAGUUCGCAGUUGCAUUACAUGCUUUAAAUCAAAUCCCAGAGCAGCCACGGCUCAAAUGGGUCCGCUACCGCUUCCUCGAGCCUCGCCUUCGCCAACGUUUUACAACACCGGUGUGGACUAUGCCGGUCCCUUUCACAUUAGAGAUAGGAAGGGUCGCGGAGGUCGGACAUCCAAAUGUUACAUUUGCUUAUUUAUUUGCCUCUCCACAAAAGCGCUUCACUUAGAGAUAGUGUCGGACCUGUCCACGGAUUCAUUUUUGGCAGCCAUUAGGCGGUUUACUGCGCGUCGGGGCAAACCUCGGAAUUUAUAUUCCGACAACGGAACUACUUUCGUUGGCGCGAGCAACGAGUUGCUUGAACUCGGAAAAUUCUUACAUAACGAGCUCGAAACCUUGAAUUUAAAGACUGAUGAAAUGGGCGUGCACUGGCAUUUCAUACCUGUUUAUUCACCUCCCAUGGGCGGCCUUUGGGAAGCUGGCGUACUUAGCACAAAGCAUCAUUUGAGGAGGGUCGCAAGCGAUGCGUCUUUAACGUUCGAAGAAAUAUACACUUUGGUAGCAAUAAUUGAGGCAAUUCUAAAUUCCCGUCCAUUGACCCCUUUAUCAAAUGAUCCCAACGACUAUAUACCCCUUACACCAGCUCACUUAUUAAUCGGCCGAAAGUAUACAUCCAUAGCAGAUCCAUCCUUGAACGGAAUUAAGGAAUCUAGGCUGUCAAGAUGGCAACUCAUCCAACAAAUACAGCAACAUUUCUGGACCAGGUGGCACAAGGAGUAUAUAUCCGAAUUACAAACAAGAUUAAAAUGGAAAUGUCCUUAUCCAGCAUUGCCGGUCAACACUCUAGUAUUAAUCAAGGAGGACAAAAUGCCACCCGCACAUUGGAAAAUGGGAAGAAUUGUUGAAUUUCAUCCAGGCACUGAUCACGUGGCAAGAGUAACAACAAUCAGAACUGAAAGGGGCCUUUUAAAACGAGCCCUAGUCAAGCUUUGUCCGCUGCCAUUGGAUUCGGAUAGCGAUUAA